AGACACUUCAGCAUCUACACUUCGUCCUGAACAUCAAGUAUGAACUUGAUGUUAUUCGUGCAUUUACUUGUGAUAUUCUUGUUUCUGUCAAGCUCUAUCUUUGAUGCUGUUGAUGCAAAGAAGAAAAAGAAGACGAAGUGCGUUUGGACUAAAAUCAAUUUGCCUGGGAUGAAACCCAAAAAAAAAUGUUAUUAAUCCAUUUUUUUGCAUAAAAGUAUCAGUUGUA